AUGAGACCCGACAGUAAACUCAAACUGAAAUCAGAAUGCUUUGCCAUCAACAGGUUGCAGCUGUUGGAAUACGAAUAUCACACUGCCCUCGACGACCUUAAAAAAGAUCAAAUAUCCUUCAGUAUUCUCUCCGACGUCUGCUUGCCGGUGUCACUACUGAUCCUCGUAGUAAUAUGGGGCUACCAAUUGAACGCCAUGACCAUAGACGCCGAUAACGGAGAUAACCAUACAAUGUUACUUGUAUAUGGCAUUGGAAUCAUUGUGGUCUCGGGAACGGCAUGCGUUUAUAUUGCCAUACGAAUGUCAGUCAUGUCACGACCAGAAAUCGAAGUGACCACUUUUCUCCAAGGAGAGAUGAGACCUUUACAUUCUAAACAAAAAAGAUCUCAAUAUUUUUACUAUCAAACUAUACCUGAUAUACACAGAACUGGUAAAAAACAAACCGAUAUUUUUAUUGUAUAAAAUACAUACAUUUUUUUUAUUUGUAUUUAUACUUAGUCAUUUUUAUUUUUAAUAUUUUAAUAAAAAGAAUUACAUAUAAUUUAUCAAAAGUUAUUGUAAGUAAGCUCAAUAAUGUU